GCAAUACAUAAAAAGUGACGUUAACACAGAGCUGAAACCCUGAAAGAUACAGACCACGGCACAAAGUACAACGUUUGCACUUUUAGUACCCGCGUAAUCCUAGACUUUGGGCUCGGGCAUCUUUUUUUGUGAAUUUCCGACGAUAUUUUAUAUAUGAAACCCUAGUCCCCUGCUUGCUUCUUAGAGAGCGACAGAGUGAGGUAGGGAGAGAGAGAGUGAGUAAACGACAGAGCUUGAGCUAGCCAGAGUUAGCCAGUCACUGCAAUGGCCUCCGAUACUAGCGGUAGCAACAUGGACAGAGAAAUUAUUCUGGCUGACUUUCAGGCAUGCACUGGGAUUGACAACAUUGCUGAAGCAAUUGCCCUUCUAGAACUGAACAACUGGGAUUUAGUGGCUGCAAUCAAUGGUGUGAUUCCACAGGAAAAUGGCAUCUUGCAAAGCAGCUUUCCCAGCGAGGCGACCCAGGCCAGCCUGUUCGGGCCACACAGCCAGCCAGCGGCGGCAGCAGCAGCAGCAGCAGCAGCAGCCACGGCGACGACAGCAGCAACGGCGGCGGCGGCAGCAGCGGCAGCGGCGCCUCCUUCCUCCUCGUCCUCCUCCUCCUCCCCGCCGCCGUCGUCGUCCUCCUCCUCGUCCUCGGCGUUCUGCCCCGUCCUGCCGUCGCGGCACAUCGUGGAGCGGCAGCCGCGGAUGCUCAACUUCCGCGUGGAGUACCGGCAGCGCUCCGUGGAGGUGGUGCUGGACGAGGCCAGCACUGUGGGAGAUAUGAAGCAGAUUCUGGAAACAGAGUUACAGGUCCCUGUGUCAAAGAUGCAACUAAAAGGCUGGAAGAGUGGGGAUGUGUCUGACAGUACCGUUCUGCGAAGUUUACACUUGCCCAAGAACAACAGCCUGUACGUCCUCACUCCAGACAUCGCCCCCACCGCCAGCACCAGCCAGAACAGCUCUCUGCAGGAGUCCUUAAAUCAGAACUACCUGCUGGUCAUCAACCACAGAGAGGCGCAGCGGGACUACAGCCUCAACUUCCCGGGAAGCAGAACCAUCCAGGAGGUGAAACGGAACAUAUCGGACCUGACAAACAUCCCCGUGCGGCACCAACAGUGGGAGGGCUGGCCUGCUUCUGCCGGCGACGAUUCGGUGACGCUCGCCGCCUCGGGGAUCAGCUACCCCUGCCAUCACCUCAGCGUGUGCCGGAGGUUCUCCCCAGCCAACACCCGGGAGCAGUUUGAGGAGUGCACAGAUGUUCACAUGGUAAGCGACAGUGAAGGGGAUGAUUUUGAAGAUGCUUCAGAAUUUGGGGUGGACGAGGCAGAAAUGUUCGGCAUGGGGACGUCGGGGUGUCGAAAGUCUCCCAUGAUGCCCGAGAACACAGAGAACGAGGGAGAUGCCUUACUGCACUUUACUGCUGAAUUUUCAACAAGAUAUGGAGACUGCCAUCCGGUCUUCUUCAUCGGCUCUCUGGAGGCGGCGUCUCAAGAGGCCUUCUAUGGCAAAGCCAGGGAUAGAAAGCUGCUGGCCAUCUACCUCCACAAUGACGAGAGCGUGCUCACCAACGUCUUCUGCUCCCAAAUGAUGUGCGCAGAGUCCAUAGUCUCCUAUCUCAGCCAGAACUUCAUCACCUGGGCCUGGGACGUCACUAAGGAAGCUAACAAAGCCAGACUGCUGACCAUGUGCACGAGGCUCUUCGGCAGCGUGGUGGCACAGACCAUCCGAACGUACAAGACCGACCAGUUCCCCCUCCUGCUCAUCGUCAUGGGCAAGAGGGCGUCCAACGAAGUCUUAAACGUCAUCCAAGGAAACACGACGGUGGACGAGCUGAUGAUGAGGCUCAUGGGGGCGAUGGAGAUAUUCACUGCCCAGCAACAGGAGGACAUCAAGGACGAGGACGAACGUGAAGCCAGAGAGAUGGUGAAGAGGGAGCAGGACGAGGCCUACCGCUUGUCUUUAGAAGCCGAUCGCAAAAAGAGAGAAGCGCAGGAGAGAGAGGAGGCCGAGCAGGUUCGUCUGGAGCAGAUCCGGAAAGAGCAGGAGGAGGAGCGCGAGGCCAUCCGGCUGUCCCUGGAGCAGACCCUGCCCCCGGAGCCGGAGGAGGAGGGCGGCGCGGCGGUCAGCAAGCUGCGCGUGCGCACGCCCAGCGGGGAGUUCCUGGAGCGCCGCUUCCUGGGGAGCUGCACGCUGCAGGUGCUCUUCCACUUCGUGGCCUCCAAGGGCUACCCCUGCGACGAGUUCAAGCUGCUCACCACCUUCCCCCGCAGAAACAUCUCCCAGAUGGACCCGGCGUGGACUUUACUGGAGGCCAAGCUGUUCCCUCAGGAGACUCUCUUCCUGGAGGCCAAGGAGUAGGACUGAGGAGCCGCAGAGGGACAGGCUGGAGGAGCAGCGAAGAGCUGCAGCAUCGCCCCCGUCUGUCCGGAGACACACACACACACACACACACACACACACACACACACACACACACACGUGCGUCAUACAGUACAUCACACACGCGUAUACGCCGACAUGCAUGCACACGGUCUCUCACAUGUACUCACAUGUCAGAAACACCCGCCUCACCUAAUCGCCGUGUCAUGAUCUUCUCUGUCCACAAGUUACGGGAAAAAAAAGAAAAAGUAAAUAAAAUUAAAAAAUUAAAAAAAACAGAGAAGUAGAACACCGUCAUGGAUAAGGACUUUCGACAAAAAAAGCUUCAUUUUAGACAUGUUUUUGUGUGUAAAGAUGAGGAAAGACUUCCUGGAGAACGCUGGACUCUCUCCGUUCCCCUCAAUUCUGAAUCCCCCAAUCCCACAGUCCUCACCCCCCCCCCCCCCCCCGUCCCCAACGCCCAUCAUGUGACGGAAUAGCUCCAUCACACCAAGCCAUUACGGCUUGACCCCCUCCCCGCUCCCCCCAAAAAAAUAUCCCAAACUGAUUAUUCUGCUUUUAAUUUACGCCCCUCCACAACCACCUGUUUCCUCUGUUUAUUUUUUCUUGAUCCUUUUUGAGUUAAUGCUGUAUUAGUUUUAGUUUGAUAUACAGUAUAUAAAAUAUAUAUAAAAUGUAUUUGCCUGAGCCAGAACUCUCUUCAAACACACAUGCAUGCAAACAGGUUACUUGUUUUAAAUUCAAGCUUUUUAUCAUAAUGAACAUUUUUUCUAAUUUAUGUGUAAGUCUCAAUAGAGACUCAACAGAACUGUCCCAGUUCUACCCUGAGGAAUUCAGUGUUAUUUUUUGUGGUAGAGCUGGGUUCGGUAUUCAAACAAGAGAAUUUAUUUCUGCCUUUCAGAUUAUGUUAAUAUUUUUCACAGAAUAGUGACCUUUGUUAUUGAAUAUUUAUUUUUGAAUCUUCCUACCCCCUUUGCCCCUUGAAAAUGGGUUUACUAAUUCUCAUAAUUUAAAGAAAAAAAAAAUCCCUUCUUUUAUGAUGUGUGCAUUAGCAAUUUUUUUAUUUAUAAUUUUCUUUCACCAAUGCUGUGAUUGUUUAUUUAAUCGAUUACCUGGAGUGAGAUAUUGCGGACUCUCAGAGUGCGAACAUUAAACUGCUCAGGAUUCUUCA